UGGGCAUUGCCGGGGCGGGGGCCAGAGGAGGAGGAGAGCACGAUUUUUGGAUCGUGAGAAUUGAUCUAUGUUGGAUCAGCUGCCUGCUGUUUCCCGGGGAGAUCAUGAAACGAGGUCGCCUUCCCAGCAGCAGUGAGGAUUCUGACGACAAUGGCAGCCUGUCAACCACUUGGUCCCAGAAUUCCCGAUCCCAGCACAGGAGAAGUUCCUGCUCCAGACAUGAAGAUCGAAAGCCUUCAGAGGUGUUUAGGACAGACCUGAUCACUGCUAUGAAGUUGCAUGACUCCUACCAGCUGAACCCGGAUGAAUACUAUGUGUUGGCAGAUCCCUGGAGACAGGAAUGGGAGAAAGGAGUCCAAGUGCCAGUGAGCCCAGGGACCAUCCCUCAGCCUGUGGCCAGGGUCGUGUCUGAAGAGAAAUCCCUCAUGUUCAUCAGGCCCAAGAAGUACAUCAUCUCGUCGGGCUCCGAGCCUCCAGAGUUGGGCUAUGUGGACAUCCGGACCCUGGCUGACAGUGUGUGUCGGUAUGACCUCAAUGACAUGGAUGCUGCGUGGCUGGAGCUGACCAAUGAAGAAUUUAAGGAGAUGGGAAUGCCUGAACUAGAUGAGUACACCAUGGAAAGGGUCCUGGAGGAAUUUGAGCAGCGGUGCUAUGACAAUAUGAAUCACGCUAUAGAAACCGAAGAAGGGCUGGGUAUUGAAUACGAUGAAGACGUUGUCUGUGAUGUCUGCCAGUCACCUGAUGGCGAGGACGGCAACGAGAUGGUGUUCUGCGAUAAAUGCAACAUCUGCGUGCACCAGGCGUGUUAUGGAAUCCUCAAGGUACCAGAGGGCAGUUGGCUGUGCCGGACAUGUGCCCUGGGGGUUCAGCCAAAAUGUUUGCUGUGUCCCAAGAAGGGCGGAGCUAUGAAGCCCACCCGCAGUGGCACCAAGUGGGUCCACGUCAGCUGUGCCCUGUGGAUCCCUGAGGUGAGCAUUGGCAGCCCCGAGAAGAUGGAGCCCAUCACAAAGGUGUCUCACAUCCCCAGCAGUCGAUGGGCGCUAGUGUGCAGCCUCUGCAAUGAGAAGUUUGGGGCCUCCAUACAGUGCUCUGUGAAGAACUGCCGCACAGCCUUCCACGUGACCUGUGCUUUUGACCGGGGCCUGGAGAUGAAGACCAUCUUGGCGGAGAAUGAUGAAGUCAAGUUCAAGUCCUACUGCCCGAAGCAUAGCUCACACAGGAAACCAGAGGAGAGCCUUGGCGAGGGGGCUGUGCAGGAGAAUGGGGCCCCUGAGUGUUCCCCCCGGAAUCCACUGGAGCCCUUUGCCAACCUUGAACAGAACCGAGAGGAGGCCCACCGGGUGAGUGUCCGAAAGCAGAAGCUGCAACAGCUGGAGGAUGAGUUCUACACCUUCGUCAACCUGCUGGAUGUUGCCAGGGCCCUACGGCUGCCCGAGGAAGUAGUGGAUUUCCUGUACCAGUACUGGAAGUUGAAGAGGAAGGUCAACUUCAACAAGCCCCUGAUCACCCCAAAGAAAGACGAAGAGGACAAUCUAGCGAAGCGGGAGCAGGAUGUCUUGUUUAGGAGGCUGCAGCUGUUCACGCACCUGCGGCAGGACCUGGAGAGGGUUCGGAACCUCACUUACAUGGUGACCCGCAGGGAAAAGAUUAAACGAUCUGUGUGCAAAGUCCAGGAACAGAUAUUCAAUCUUUACACUAAGCUCUUGGAGCAAGAAAGAGUUUCAGGUGUGCCUUCUUCUUCCUGCUCCUCCUCCUCACUGGAAAACUUGCUUUUGUUUAACAGUCCUUCUGUGGGCCCUGAUGCUCCCAAGAUAGAGGACUUGAAGUGGCAUUCUGCAUUCUUCAGGAAACAAAUGGGUACUUCCUUGGUUCAUUCACUGAAAAAGCCCCCUAAGCGAGAUCCAUUGCAGAAUAGCACUGGGAGCGAAGGCAAAACCUUGCUAAAGCAGCCAGACCUAUGUGGUAGAAGGGAGGGGAUAGUGGUCCCAGAGAGCUUUUUGAGUUUUGAAAAGACCUUUGCAGAAGCACGUUUCAUAUCAGCACAACAGAAAAAUGGUGUGGUGAUGCCAGACCAUGGGAAAAGAAGAGACAAUCGUUUUCAUUGUGAUCUCAUUAAAGGAGACUUAAAGGACAAACCUUCUAAACAGAGUCACAAGCCUCUCAGGUCCACAGAUGUGUCCCAGAGGCAUCUGGACAACACUAGAACUGCCACCUCCCCUGGAGUGGGGCAGUCAGCGCCUGGCACAAGGAAGGAGACGGUGCCCAAGUGCAAUGGCUCCCUAAUCAAAGUAAACUAUAAUCAAACUGCAGUCAAAGUGCCUACAACACCUGCCAGCCCUGUGAAAAACUGGGGAGGAUUCCGGAUUCCAAAGAAGGGGGAACGGCAGCAGCAGGGAGAGGCCCAUGAGGGGGCCUGCCACCAGCACUCAGACUACCCAUAUUUGGGUUUAGGUCGAGUUCCAGCCAAGGAAAGGGCAAAAAGCAAAUUAAAAUCCGACAAUGAGAAUGACGGGUAUGUCCCUGAUGUAGAAAUGAGUGACUCAGAGAGUGAGGCAUCAGAAAAGAAAUGCAUACAUGCCAGCAGCACUAUCAGCAGGAGGACAGACAUCAUCAGGAGAAGCAUCUUGGCCUCCUGAUGAAACAGAGGUGGCAUGGGAAGCCCUGCACACUUGUCGCUGGGUGUGCUGGGGGAGAGCUCUGAUGCGGAGAUGAGCAGAAACCCAUACUCCUGAGCUACACAAACAAUUUUACUUGCAAUUCAGAUCGAAAUUUUUUUUUGUCAUUUAUAGAUCAUUGUUGUGAGAAGUUUGUGUGAUUUGCAGCUUGUUGAGGAAACAGAAGAGUAGAUUGUAACCAUAAGACACUGCUAACACUAGAACUGAACUAAACACUAAAAUGAGAAUGAAAUAAAUAAGUUUUAAGGAGGGCAAGGCUUAAAUAAGCCUCAUUAAUUUUUAUUGCCCUCUACAUUCUUCCCAAAGCACAAACUUGGUUACCUGAAUAUACGGCAUCAGGUAAUGGUUCUUGAGAAACCCUCAUGUACCAUUUAUACCCCAUAAAGCUUAUUUUCUAGGACUGUGGUAGAUCUUGAAGUCAUAUUUAUAUUUUGGCCCACAAGGCUGUUUUUGUUGCAUUGUAGUACACAGGCAGCAGCUCUGAAGCUUCAGUAACACUAGGGAAUUCAUGUGUAAAUAUAGCAGUCAGGGAAGAGAAAACUUUUUAAAAAGGUCAUUACUGGAAGAGCUGAAGGGCCAGGGUCGAGCUGCUGCAGCUUGGAGAUUUGUAGUGAAUGUGUAAGGUCCUGCUGCCUGAAGCUUGUGAGUGGGUUGCGGAUAUAAGAUUGGUGACGAGUGAAGCUGUUAGGAUAGUUCUAUCUGUAAGAAAGGGCAAUUGAGGUCCAAUUUUUAUCAGUACUCUAGACCUUCCUCUUCCCUAACCACUGGCUCCUGGGCCAGCUUGGGAUUUCCCUGGCCAUUGGCAAUACCUAGCCAUCUGGUUUCCAACAAAACAAUGGCUAUUCAAGUUCAAGCGAUGAACUUCUAGACUCUGGUGACUCAUACUUCCCAGAGCCAACCACUAGUGCGUAUGUCGGGGAAUCCGGGCUUCCAACAUGAACGGAUUCCUUAAGAAAA